AUGGACACCUUAGACAAUCCUCCGUCUGAUCCAACGCGCGGUCGUGUUAGUGAGCAAAGCUGUCACGAUGAGGACAAGAGAGCGACAUCCCACAGGCCUGUCGUUCGUCACAGCCGUUCAUCUACCAGAAUUUUAAAAGAGUGGUUCAGGUCCCAUACCGUAUGGCCGUAUCCCAGCCAAGCUGAAAAGGAAUCUUUAAGCUAUCAAACUGGCAUGUCUGUCAAGCAAAUUUCCAACUGGUUUGUGAACGUCCGGAGGCGGAGCGGGAGCAAAAUGGCAAACGUUCGGUCAUCUCAACCAGAGCCUUUGGUCUCACGAUCAGUGCCUGUUGAUGUCCGACCUAGCGGUGGCUCGGAACUAAAUGAACUCAACUCGACUGAAUGGGAGACCAUGACACCACUGGAUCGCUGGCAGCAUACGCCCCCUGAAGAGGAUCCGGCUCCUUUGCAGGCGAUUGCUCAGGCUGCUCAACAGAACUCCGACACACUUCAGUUCCAUACAGAAGGCAGACCCUGGAUGAUAACCCCCGGUUUCGGUUCCUCGUCGAGCUCAUUUGACGUCUCGAGUUCGGACGCUUUGAGCGCUUCUUCUGCAUUAUCCGAUGGCUCCAUGUCGGCCUCAAGCAGUCUGUCCGGCUUCGACUCUCGUCCUUUACGGCGAAGGCGUCGUUAUAGGUCCAAGUCCACCCAUCAUCGCUUUGGACGACGUAACUCGGAUCAAGACAGAGGUUCCCGUCCAUACCAAUGCACUUUCUGCACGGACACUUUCAAAUCGAGAUAUGACUGGACCCGACACGAAGGAUCGCUACAUCUUGUCUUGGAGAAAUGGACCUGCCUCCCCCUAGGCCCCAAGUACAAUAACCCAACUGAUGGCUCUGCCUGUUGCAUACUCUGCGAUGAGAAGGAUCCUUCGGACGCUCAUCUGGAAACACAUGAUGCCGCCGAGUGUGGUACCAGGCCACCAAGUGCCAAAACUUUCUUCCGUAAAGAUCACCUACAGCAACACCUCCGUAUUGCUCACGGGGUGAGCAAGAUGACAGACGCAAUGGCGUCAUGGAAGUCCAAGAUGGAAAACGUAAAAUCAAGGUGCGGGUUCUGCGGUGAAUACUUCUCGACAUGGUCGGAACGCAACGACCACCUCUCCAACCACUUCCGCUCUGGCGCAAAUAUGAAAGACUGGAAGGGCAGCCGCGGGUUGGAUCCGGCAGUCUCUUUACUCGUCGAGAAUGCAAUGCCUCCCUACCUCAUCGGCCUAGAAUCCGCGGACCCAGACCCUUUCAGUGCCUCAAAAGGCACUACCAAGAAAGUCAUGGCAUCCUCUGGCACCAACGCGCGUCAGACCGCGCCGACCUCGUUUGAAUCCCUUACAGCACGCCUCGGCGACUAUGUGCGAAUAGCAAGGGAAAAUAACCUCGAUCUCUCUGACAAGGCCCUACGCCGGCAAAGCCGUCUGAUAUUGUACGACGAUGACGAUCCAUGGAACCAGACACCAGCAGAUAAUGCGCAAUGGCUGGCAAUGUUCAAACUGGGCUACGGCCUAAAUGAUGGUGCCUCUGACGGGCUUGAUAUUACGGGCCAGUCUAGAAAUGCUGCAUUGAGAAUUGCUCAGCACAACACCCAAAGCGCUUGUUCAGAUGUCGGUCCCUUUACGAUCCAACAAUUACAACAAGCCGCCGGAUGCAAUCAAGCUAUGUUGGACAUCGCCCUUGAUAACUUGCCCGCUGGCGGGAACAUGAUAGAUAUAUUUGGCCCCGGCGUGCCAGUACCGUGGUCGUGGCAAUCGCCAGAGUGCCUGGCCGAGUUCAGGCAGCUCUGUCAAAUGCCUGGCAUAUCAAUAGCGUGCCAGCCGGAUGACACCGAUGGCCUCGCCGUGCCACCUGGGUUUUUCAAUGCUACUGAACAAGGCAUUGGAGUCGAUUCAACCUACACGGCACAGCUCGCUGAUUAUCACUCAAAUGGACCGGCUGUAGGAAACGCAGAUGAUAUCCCGUUGGAUAUGACACUCUUGUUCGAUGCCGAAUUCGAGACAUAA